UUGCUCUCGGCAGCAGUACUACUACUACCAGUGUUAACCACCAUGCACGCUGGACGACUACUCGGCGCCGCCUUGGCGCUAGUACAUAUCCUACUCACCCCCACCUUUGCCGCGGUCGUGGUGUGGGACAACACCGUGGCGACGGGGGACGUGGUGGUGCCGGCGGGGCAAACGGUGGUCCUGCGCAACCGCAACAUUGUCCGGGGGCAGUUGACCAUCGAAGCCGGGGCUGCCGUCACCGUGGACCCAACGUGUGACAGCGUGUACCUCCAAGUAGGCAACGUUGAAAUCAACGGAAUUUUGAGCAUUGGGAGCGCCGCGGCCCCCUUCACCAAGACUGCGACAGUGGCCCUGGGGUGUGAAAAGCCAGCUUUGUAUCCAGCGACGGACGACCGGCGCUACGGUGUGAACGUUCGCCAGGGGGGGAGUUUGCAGCUGUUUGGGAGCAAAGGCACCAAAGUGCCGUGGACGAAGCUAGCGUUAACGGCCGUCGAAGGCACCACGUGCAUCACACUGGCCGACGACACGACGGGGGAUUGGGCCGUUGGGGACUCGAUCAUCAUCACGACCACUGACUUUGACCCGACUCUGACCGAGCGCCGCACGAUCACUGGCUUUCGAUCUACUUGUGUGGAAAUCGACUCCCCCCUCAACUAUAUGCACUACGGCGCGUUCACUCAAGGGAUCGACCAGCGGGCCGAAGUCGGGCUGCUUAGUCGCAACAUUCAACUCGUGGGGUGCACGACCAGUGGCCUCGUGGGGGGGCACCUCAAGAUGAACCAAGGAUUCCGAACUGCCCAGUUGAGCGGCGUGGAGAUUCGCGCGUUUGGCCAAGGCGAUGUCAUCGGCCGGUACUCGAUUCACUUUCACUUGACGGGGAACGUGGCGGCCACGAACUCGUUUGUCAAAGCCAGUGCCAUUCACAGCUCGUACAUGCGGGCCAUCACCAUCCACGGCACGCAGAGCGUUCUGGUCGAGCGCAAUGUUGCGUACAACAUCACCGGACACGCCAUGUUCUUGGAGGACGGCGCCGAGUUCAACAACACGUUCCGGGGAAAUUUGGUCGCAUGGGUGCGCCAGAAGACAUCGGGGGCGUUUCGGCUCGGGUCGGAUGCGCUGCAGGGAUUGUCGGCGUUCUGGAUCACGAAUGCCGACAACGUGUUCGAAGACAACGUGGUGGCGGGGGUCGAAGGCACUGGCUUUUGGCUGCACACGCGGGCACGCCCGAAACUGCCAAGCUUCAAAACGGGGCUGUAUCCGACGGUAGCCCCCCACAAGAUUCCAUUGCGCAAAUGCACGGGGAACAGCGCGCAUUCCGUGUGGAACGGGUUCCGCAUCGACAGCGUUGACUUUGACCAAGACGACCAACCCGCCCAAGACUACACGGGCGCCCCGUCGUUGGCGUACGAACCCAUGGCCCUCACAGUCAUUUCCAACUUUACGACACAUCACGCGCGACAAGGGGGGUGGUUUCGCAUUUUUCAGAUCGUCCUCGACAACUGGAACGUCGCCGACUGUCGAGAAGGCAUACAAUUUCUCACGACGGGCAACACGGCGACGAUGCCCAUCAACGGAACUAUCCGCAACAGUCAUUUUGUUGGGAGUUCGUCCAACCGUGGCAACCAGUUCACCAGUGCGUUUCAAAAGAUCAACUUUAUCGAAGCUCGGUCGGACAGUGCGCUCCUGUUGGCAGAUGUCAUUCAAAUGGCCGUGACGUUGUACGAUGGCCCGCACUACAUCGAAAACACGACAUUUGAAAACUACAUUUCGUACCCGUGCUUCAACUACUACUCGACCGCGUUUGGAGCUCGGGCGUUCAAUACGUUUAUGAUGGCGACCACAACCCAAAGCACCAACAACAAGUUCAUCAACACUGAGUUUCCAGUGUUCAUGUACGAUCGAGUGAGCGAUGGUGGCAAGACGACGUUAAUGCUCGACACAGAUGGUUCCAUUUCCGGCCAACGCAACGCUGUGAUCGCUCCCGACUGGGACUUUUACUACACCCCUUCCUGUGUGCGCAAUGGAGGGUACGGCCUCGCGUGUCCACAACGCUACAACAACAUUGAAAUCGUUCAGAUUGAUGGCGAUGGCACCAACUUGGCAAAGUAUGGAGAGCUCUACGUCGUUCGAGCCAACUUGGCGAGUCGCAGCGGGGGACUUGCCCCUCCUCCCCCCGGCCUGUCUUUCCAAGGACAGUACAUUCCUGCGGCUGGGGGAUACCUCUAUCACCCGUCGCUAUCGGUCGGAGCGACAUAUGUGAUGGGGUUUACCACCCGCACGCCCCCUAUCCUUCGUGUAAACAUUGUCAACGGCCAACAAGGCGACACCCACACGAUCGCGUUUAGUUACCCCCGAGGCACGACCAUCACGUCGGUAAUGAACGUAGCCAAUCAAGCGCUCAAUCGGGCCACGUCGUUACUCGACCGCACGUGUGUGAAUUGCUUCUUCUACGACUCAACUUUGGACCUGCUGGUACUGCGAUUGAAGCAACUCCUCCCUCGUAUUGAUCCGACUUUGCCCUGCCCAGCGUCUGGGUGCGACGGCGUCGUCGUGCGCGCGACCUUUCGGUCGGCCACUUCGUCGACGUCGGUCACCGACUGCUCCACCCGAGGCGCCCCCCUGCAGACCCUCGACGACGCGUGGCUCCAGACGUCGUUCUCCAACAAGGAAUCGUUCAGUUUGGACAUGCCCAUCAACUUGGAUUGGUGUCAAAUUGGAGACCCGUGCCUCGAGUCGAUUGACGUGGGCAACCGCGAGCAAGGGAUUCUAGCGUACGCGGACUUUCCCUGCAACGGCAUUGGAUGUUAUUCAAACAAGUGUCGGUACUGCAAACUCUCGUUCAGUGCCUCCAACCAGCCGUUCUUGCCGUGUCCGUUCGAGACCCGUCGUGCCACUGGCAGCCCGACGACAACCCCCUCUUCCUCGCCCGUCCCCCCCUCGACACCUACGUCGACCCCCACGUCAGCUACCGGCGGUGCCUGUUCGACCUACGUUUCCGUAGGGGACUCCGCCGUGGGCAUCUCUGCCAUGCCGGACCUGGCUUGCAGCGUCGACAACAAUCGCACGGGAUGCUUCUUGUCUCGAUGUCGCUUUUGUAUGGCAAGGGAUACCCCCCUCUCCCGCGUGUUUGUCCCGUGCACUACUACUCCCCCAACAUGUGCAAGUCUGGUGACGCCUGGGGACCAAGCCGUGGGUAUUUCGGCUGUCACGGACACCAAAUGUCCCAACAGUGUGCUUGCUGGCUGUUUUGCAGACAAUUGCAGAUACUGCCAGACCCGUCCCACGACCCAAUCGUGGCGGUUUGGCCUUUGCAGCAAGGCUGCGCCAAGCACCACCAUGACGGCUGUGCCGACAACAAAGCCGCCUUCUACAACAACCCAAACUCCACUGACUGCAACCCCCUGUGAUCCGACCACCACAACAAUGCCGCCCCCCCGACCUACUACGAUAUUGCCCAUAACUACAACUACUACCCCCGCACCGGUAACGACGACAAUGACGCCCUCACCUACCGCGGUAUCGCCCGCAUGUGCCAGUCUUGUGUCAAAUGGUGACCAAUCUGUGGGUAUUUCUGCCGUGCCAGACCCCAACUGCCCCAACAGUGUCCUUCCUGGCUGCUUUGCCAGCAAAUGUAGGUAUUGCCAAACCCGUCCAACAACACAAUCGUGGCGAUACGGACCGUGUAUUGUCCCUGCGCCAACCACCACCACGACGGUAGCCCCCACCACAAAAGUCCCUGUAACCACAACUCAAGCUCGAACGACUGCCGCGACUACUACUUCCCCCUCGCCCACUACGACCACUUCCCCGCCUCUCGCAACGACAACAACACCUGCAUGUGGGGUGUCCAUAGGUGACGCCGCGAGCGGUUUGGGGGCAUUUUACGACCCGUCCUGUGCCAACGGGGGUUUGGGCUGCUACUCCAAACUGUGUCGAUUUUGCAGAAAGUCACCCGUUGGGAUGUAUGUGAUAUGUCCUCCAACGGUGGCAACUCCCAAGGGAAUUACCAACAACAUCCAAGGGGACUCCGCCAACGUCGCAGCUUCCUUUUCCACGACGACCAACACUUCUGACGGAGCCAAUGCCAGUGCUGUAUCGUCGUCUGCGCACGACUUGACUGCGGCAGAGCAGGCGACGGGUGUGGCCAUCCUCUUGACGCUCUCGGUUGUGCUGGCUCUGGUCGUGAAAGCUGACAUUCGCCGUCGCCAGUUGGCGGACAAAGCGGCCAAAGUCGCCGUUCCAAGCAUCUUGACCUUUGAUGCCACCGCACUAGACAACAACGACAACGAUAUAGCAGUUGUCGACGUUGUCGAUGUAGCCCCCCAAGAUAGCAUUCUAUAAUAGCUCACUCAUAUUUGCAUCGAAUACAUGUAUAUAUUAUACACUCUUAUUGC